UCAGUCUUGCACAGGUGUACCUGCUCCUCCCCUUCAGUCUUGCACAGGUGUACUGGCUCCUCCCCUUCAGUCUUGCACAGGUAUACUGGCUCCUCCCCUUCAGUCUUGCACAGGUGUACCGGCUCCUCCCCUUCAGUCUUGCACAGGUAUACCGGCUCCUCCCCUUCAGUCUUGCACAGGUAUACCGGCUCCUCCCCUUCAGUCUUGCACAGGUGUACCGGCUCCUCCCCUUCACCUGACUGUCCCUGGCCCCGCCCCUUUCAUUCAUUGGCUUUCAGUACUGUCAUUCAUGAAGGCUCAGCAUCACAUGUGGGUGUGUACCUAGGGCAGUCUGCAUGCAGUUACAGGCCACUCCUCCAGACUGACUUCCACCAAUCAAGGCAUGUU